GCUGCGAGCAGGUUAUAAAAACAGCUUUGGGCCGGACAAGCGGACACAGUGUGGCGAAGAGAGGCCCAGCUGGUUAAUCUCAACACAGAGACGACUCCCGUCCCGACUGAGGAAGAGAGAGAGAGAGAGACAGAGAGAGACAGAGAAACAGAAAGAAAGACAACAAACAAAACAACACUCCAAACUAAGACAAGACAGAGAAGAAGACACAUCCACCAACAUCCUUGAGCAUCCAUCCAUUGUCCAACAUCCAUCCAUCCAUUGUUCGUCAUCCAUCCAUCCAUCCAUCCAUCCAUCCAUCCAUCCAUCCAUCCAUCCAUCCAUCCAUCCAUCCAUCCAUCCAUCCAUCCAUCCAUCCAUCCAUCAUGAGUGUGCUGUCAGCAGAGCAGAUGUCCAGCCUGUAUGAGGAGCAGGGCUACCUGAGCGGGGUGGCCGUCCUGGACAACGCGGAGCUGCGGCAGGCAAGAGAGGCCUUCGCACAGCUGGAGAGGAAGUUUGGUACUGACUAUACUAAGUACAGCCUCCACAACACCCACCAGCAGUACGACUGGGUGCUGGGUCUGGUCAAACACCCCCGCGUCCUGGAGGUGGUACGAGCCGUCCUGGGCCAGGAUGUUCUACUGCUGGACUCCCGGUUCAUAUGCAAAUACCCGGUCGCCAGGGGCAACGGAGGGGCCGAUGUCAUCCCCUAUGAAGAGGGGGUUCAGAAGGAGACGGCCGGAGAGGAGGAGGGGGGCAAGGGGAAAGAGAAGAAGGAUGGACUGCCCUACGUGGCCUGGCACCAGGAUAUGAGGUACUGGGGCCUUGACGGAGGACCAGUGUUAUCUGUGUGGCUGGCGCUGGAUGAUUCCCUGGAGGACAACGGAGCCCUUCAGGUUAUUCCAGGAAGUCACUGCUCGGGGAUGCUUCCACACCGGCAGUCUGAGCGCGUGGGAAACAUGCUGACGGUCAACCAGGAGAUCCCAGAGGAGCUGGUGGAGACAGACAAGGCUCUGCUGUGCCCCCUACUGGCCGGGCAGAUGUCGGUGCAUGAUGGGCUGCUUGUUCAUGCCAGUGACCCCAACAUGUCCGACCGCAGACGAUGUGGCUUUGUUAUCCGCUAUGUACCAACCUGCGCUUAUCCCAUCCAGGAUCCAGACAGGCCUCGACGUUUCCCAGCGACUCUCCUGGUCAGCGGUGAAGACCAGUAUGGCCACUUCUCCAGCAGCAUGGAGCCACAGCUCUGAAGGACAUCCGCCAACGAGACGCAGAGACAGAGACGGAGACGGAGACGGGAAGGCGGAACUCAUUAUUUAUCUUUCUAUUAAACACAUUAUUUACAUGGCUUGGUUUAGUAACGUAACGUCUGCUGAACUCAACGUCUGUUAUUACUGUGCGCCGUGUAUUAUGACUGACUGACUGUGUUGUGUAUGACAAAGCUGUUUCAUUUAAUGAUAUAUGUUUAGAUUAUUUAAAGGGGUAUUUGUAAAGGACUUGAACGCUUUGCUCACUUUUAAACUAAAUGUGACCUGCU